AUGGAAAACCAAACUGAACUAACAGAGUUUCUACUCUUGGGACUCUCCAGAGAUCCACAUUUGCAAUUGUUUUUAUUCCCUAUCUUUCUAGUAAUUUUUUUAGUCACCAUCUUAGGAAACACAGCUAUCAUGCUUGUGACCAAGAUGGACGCUAGCCUUCACUCCCCCAUGUUCUUUUUUCUUGGUCACCUGGCUUUUGUUGACAUCUGCUAUUCCUCUGUUACUGUUCCCAAGAUGCUGGAAAACCUCAUAAUGCAGCAGAACACUAUUUCCCGUGGAGGAUGUAUUGUGCAGAUCUUCUUCUUUUUCCAGAUUGCAUGUACUGAGGUGUUCAUCCUGUCAGCAAUGGCUUAUGACCGCUAUGUUGCUAUCUGUGAUCCAUUACAUUAUAUCACAAUUAUGAAUGCAGAGCUUUGCAGACAAAUGGUAGGUGGAGCUUGGACAAUGGGUUCUUUGUAUGCUGUCAUGAAUGUACUGCCAUUAUUAAAUCUGCAAUACUGCAGGAACAAUACACUUAACCACUACAGCUGUGAGCUGCCUUCACUCUUGGUCUUGUCCUGUACCCAGACCUUCAAUAAUUAUAUUGUUCUUCUUAUCUCUGUAUUGAUAUUUGGCUUUGGUUCAUUUCUCCUCACCCUCAUCUCUUACAUUCACAUAACUGCCACCAUCCUGAAGAUUCGUUCUGUAGAAGGCAGGCAUAAAGCCUUCUCUACCUGCAGUUCCCACUUCAUUGUGGUUGGCUUGUUUUAUGUUUCAGCUUUCUUCCGGUAUAUGAAACCCAGUUCAGAAUCACUCCCUGAUUUGGAUAAACUGGUCUCUAUUCAGUAUGGCAUCUUAACACCUAUGUUAAACCCCAUUAUAUACAGCUUGAAAAACAAAGAAAUCAAGACAGCUUUGUCCAAAAUAUUUGUAAAGUGGACUUGUACUGAAAAUACCAGGAGCAAUUUGGUACCCAAGUAA